UUUCUUUCUUGUUCAGAUAAUGGUCGUACACUAGAGUUCCCAGGACCUUUCUCCUUCAUUAGCAAGCGUUUGGUGAACCACACUAUAGGAACUAAAAUUGUUGCUGAUUUUGAGAACUGCAAGCUGCAUUGUUACUAUGAACACAACUGCGUGAGUGUCAACUAUCACGUGAGCACAAAAACAUGUGAGUUGAACAACGCUACUCAUCGAUGGCAUAAUAACGAGUUCAAAGAUGAAAAUGGUUACCUCUAUCAUGGAGCAGAUGUAAGUUAUUUCUUGUCAACUGCUCUCCUUCCCCUCCCUUCUUUUAAUCCUCCUCCUCCUCCUCCACAUCAUCAUCAUCAUCACCAAUAUCAUCAUCAUCAACAUUAUCAUCUUUAUCAUCAUCAUCACCGUCAACAUCAUGAUCGUCAACACCAUUUCUCGUUGAAUUCUCUUCUUCUUCUUCUUCUUCUUCUUCUUCUUAAGGUGAAAAGCAAAAUUUCUGCUGAUUAUAUCACCUCACCCUAAUCAUCCAGCUACUCGUUUGCUUCAUUUACUAUGUUCUCUGUUUCUCGUUUAAGAAUGCCUGUGAAGAGUUCAAUUGUUUAAAUGGAGGAACCUGUCAAUCCGGGUUCACAGUAGAAAGAUAUCGCUGUUUGUGCCCUCCUGGUUUUAGGGGUAAGCGCUGUCAAAAAGGUAAGAACUCAAUACUAAGCCAUAUAAUGUAA